GAAAGUCCAAUUAUAGCGAAACUACAAUAUGGAAUGAAGAUUACAUUCAUCUUCAUCCUCAUCUUAUUCAUUGACUCUGUCAAUCGCGUCUACCGUGUCCAGGUGGAGCUCGCUGCGUACAGCAAAGACUCUCGUGGGGCGUACGUUGUUCGCCCCAGCAUGAUAUCGAACCUUUGGCUGACAUGAUCUAGCGCUGCCGUGGUGGGUUCUGAACGCAUGGAGGUUCAGGCUCGCAAAUUCUACUCCCAGCGAAACAUGUACCUCUGCGGUUUCACCCUCUUUCUGUCCCUUAUCCUCAACCGUACCUACGUCAUGAUUCUUGACCAGCUUCGUCUGGAGGAAGAAAACAAGCGCUUCAAAGGCGAAAAUACGGGCAAGGGCAAGGACUCUGCCGCACUUGGCAACGCCGGUAACGCCGGCGAGAUUGGCCGCUUAAAGAAAGAGCUUGAAGCCAAAGACCGUGAUAUUGAGAAUCUAAAGAAACAAGCCGAGGGUCUGUCACGCGAGUACAACCGCAUGGGUGACGAGAUCUCUCCCAAGGAUGGUACCCCGAAGAAGACUAAAUAAACUCCCGCUCGUGUCUCCAUGACUCCUGCAGUGUACUUCUAGCUGCAGCGUGCUCGUUGCGUUACCUUACACGGUCAAUUCAUGGUAGCUACUUGAGUAAGAGCCGGAUUGAACAAAGAGGA